AUGAUCGAUGAUUUCAAUUUCCGAUCUGCGUGCUUCACGUCUUGAUAACCCUUGAUAUUUCGAUCCUACUCACGGGUUAUAUACUAGUACACGCACCGACACAAAGAGCACUGUCGGGAACCGGCAUACCGGCAUGUUUACCUUUUCGACUAAGCGUCAGUGGACGCCCGAUGGGUCGAUCGAUUCCGAAGACAUCGCGAACCGUGAGAAAAAGAGACUCCGUCCGCUAACUUUACGCACUCCACCGGAUACCUGUCAAACAACUUUCUGUGAAGCCAAUCAGCUGUUCCCUCAGCUUCAUCUCUCUACAUUGACACCAAUUGAGCCUUCGGACGACGACAGCGAUGAUCAGCACCGUUCUGACAAUGCGGCCCUUCCUACCACAGCUUUACAUCGCCCACUUCCUGGUUCCUCGUCAGAUUCGUCGAUGGACGUCGACAGUCCCCCAUUGUCGAUGAGUGGUGAAGGCCUGUCACCAUCGUCAACGAGCACGCAACAUAUCCAUGGCAGCGUUCAGCCGUCGCCCAUUCCUCACAGCCUCAUCAACCAGUCAUUGAACAUUGAUGGAGGGCAUCCAGUCACUAACAACCAAACACCUUUCGCCAACCCAGAUUCCAAUGUCGCCAUGGAUCAAGAUUUUAUAUCUGGGGCGGAAGUUUCUGGCUUGCAUCCGGAUGCUGCAAGAAAUCAUGAAACGGUCUGGUGGACCCUUCCAGGUAUUCCCAGCCCCAUUAGUGAGGAUGAGGGUGUUUGUGUGACUGGGACCGGAACACCGACGAGCGAGGCCGAAACACUAUAUGCUACAUCUCACUCCGCGUCAUCUCAUUCAUAUGGUGUCCAUCAUGACCAAGCACUAUGGAACAUCGAUAUGCAAGCACCGUCUACCAGCAACAAAGAACCUGAACCAUCUAUCCCCGCCGCAAAUAUGGCAUCGAACAAGAAGAAACUCAAUGUUUUCAUGGGCUAUCGCGCUGACUGUGAUAAAUGUCGACAAAAGGUGCCUGGUCAUUACAGCCACAUUAUACACACUUGAGCGCUCUUCUUUCAUCCUCUUAAAAAUCGCCUAUUACAUUGUUUCUCUAUGGUAGAUCAUGGUGGGUUUCCAGCGUGUGAUGCCAUGUAUAUUUUUAUGCAUUCGUUCGUGUUCAAGCUUAGCGAGCGUAAGGUUUGUGUUUGCAAUUUUUUUUAUUAUAAUACGGCAGGAACCGUCAUAUGGGUUUGGUCCACGGAGUCCCAAGGGUUAUGUUUAUACCAUUCGCAGGGAGUUUGGGAUUUGUUCAGAAAAAGAUUCAACUGGCAGUGUUGGUUGGAUAUUGUAUUCAAUAACCUCUCGCUCAUUAUGUAUUCUACAACA